AGAGACGUCACUUCCGGUGCUUCUGCCGGCGGGAAGCUGUAGUUGCACCACGAAGGCUCGGUCCGCUCAUCAUGUCCCGCAUUCUGAACGGGAUCGUGGCAGUGUGUCCCGACCUGGGCAUGGGCAACAACGGACACCUGCCAUGGCAUCCGGUUCGACUCGGCAACGAAUUUGCGCAUUUCCGGAAGAUGACAGCCACUUCAUCUGUAAAAGGCAAGCAGAAUGUGGUGAUCAUGGGCAGGAAGACAUGGUUCUCUAUCCCAGAGAAAAACAGACCUUUGAGCAACAGGAUCAACAUCGUCCUCAGCAGAGAGUGCAAAGCGCCCCCAGCAGGAGCACACUAUCUGGCAGCAGAUUUCAACUCAGCGCUCAGGCUCGUUGACGUGGAGCUGGCUGAGCAGGUUGACCAGGUCUGGGUUAUUGGAGGAAGCUCCGUCUACAAGGAGUUGAUGGAGAGGCCGGGAACCAGGAGAAUAUACGUCACACGAAUCCUGAAGCAAUUUGUGUGUGACACAUUCUUCCCGGAAAUCAGUCCUGAAAAAUAUCGCCUAUUGCCAGAGUUUCCAGAAGUGCCACAGGAACUGCAGGAGGAGAAUGGUAUCCAGUACAGAUUUGAAGUCUAUGAGAGCAUCUAGUAAUGAGCAGGCACUGAGGAAAACAGCCAAUGUGAUUUUUGUUAUUGGACACCAGCACUGGCCCUUGAACUUGUAAUUUUUCCAAAAAAAAUGUAUGCACUACAGUUGUGUUUCUCUUAGUGUUGAAAUAAACACUGAUUUCUUGCGAUUUAA